AUGUCCUCAGAUCCUCUUGAACCAGUCAAGCUUCUCAAACUAAUUCCUCAGCUCUUACCUCGAUCAACAACAUCGCCUUUACCUCAACCUACAGAUUCUAUAGCAUCACUCAUCCAUGCUAUACACAUCUCACUCAACUUCAGGCUGAUCCCUGUGCCUUCUACAUCUACUUCGACUUCUUCUCAGGUGCAAGCUGCUACUACUUUCAACAAUAUCAACGAGAAUGACAAUCAGCCAGAAGGUGAAAUCGAUGACAACGCUUCUGAGACUACGACAGCAGUUGAUCCGGACGAACCACUGUCAACAGUCUCGGAAGGAACAUUGAAUGAAGGCUGGAAUGAAAGAGGCGAAGACAAUUAUGUGUUUCAAUAUAGACAUGAACAAUCUUCAAUGUCUUUCAGAGUCAGAGUAGGUAGAAUGGGUAGUAGAGUGCAGAUCGAUGCCAUGGCAGAAGACGGCGCACCUCACACAAUCUCGAUAGUCCUUUCGGACCUUUUGGAUACUUCUGCUUUCCCUAUUCCGAGCUCUGCAACGUCUUCAUCUACAAACACCGGUGAACGUGAAGGAUUAGCUAAGAGUUGGGGCUUUAAAUCGAUUUCAAGUGUAGAAUCGUUCGUAGACCAAUACAAGGCAGAUAUCAUCGCUAGGUUAAUACCUGGUCUCCAAGUUACAGGAUACGAAGAAUCACGAUCAGUUGGAUCUGAUCCACGAAACCCUCCACCCUCUACUCCGGGCUACAACCCUCCAGCUCGUCCUCAGCCACCCGUUAACCCAUUGGUUGAUCCUCUCCGUGAUCCCUAUCAAGGCAACAAUCCUGCUUCGAUCGGAAGAAGGGAUCUUGAUCCUCUUGCGUCACUCCAACCUCCAGGAUCAUUCAACCCUAAUCGAGAUGGGGGAGGUAUGUUGGUAGAUUUCAACCAUCCUUUAUUCGACAGACGUCGUCAAGGUCUAGAUCCAGAUUUCUCAGGACCAGGAGGAUCGAUUCAGCCUCCUGGAAGUAGAUGGGAUCCUAUCGGACCUUCUGGUGGUGCUAGAUUCCCAGGACCAGGUGGCAAUCCAUUGGGAGGAACGGGUGUAGGGGAUGAUAGAUGGGGUGACGAAUUACCUCCUCCAGGUGAAUUCGGUCCUGAUCUAGGUAGAUUCGGAGGAAUUGGCGGUCCACGACGAGGUGGUGGUGGUGGUGGAGGUGGAUUCGGCGGUUUAGGAGGAGGAAGAGGCGGCGGCGGCGGUAGUGGAUUCGGUGGUGGAUUCGGUGGUGGAUUCGGAGGAGGUAGUGGUGGGAUGGGAGGCGGGGGUGGGAUGUUUAUGUGA